CAUUUCGGCCGGCCGCUCCCUCCGUCCCCUCUCCCUUCCCCGCAGUGGCCCGCGGGCGGCCGGCGAAGGAGCGCGCGCGCGACGCCGCCCGACCCGCUCGCGCCCUCCCGCCCGCCCAUGGCCCGGGCCGCGGCGGCCGAGCCCCGCUGAGGCGGCCGCGCGUUGCCGUGGGGCCGCCGCCGCCGUGGCCCGCGCCGCCCGCGCCCGCGCCCGCGCCCGCCCGCCUGCCCGCGCCGCCCGAGCGCGGCGGCCGCCAUCGCCCGCGCGCCUCGCUGGCGGGGGCGCCGUCCUCCCCCGCAGCCCGCGCCGCCCCCUGGGGCUCGGCGGAGCGCGGCCGCCAGGGCCGGCGGAGGCGCGAGGACCCGGACGCCGGCGCCCGAGUCGCCGCCGGCGCCGCGGGGGCCAUGACCGUGGAGCAGAACGUGCUGCAGCAGAGCGCGGCGCAGAAGCACCAGCAGACAUUUUUGAAUCAACUAAGAGAAAUUACUGGGAUUAAUGACACUCAAAUACUACAGCAAGCCUUGAAGGAUAGUAAUGGAAAUUUGGAAUUAGCAGUAGCUUUCCUUACUGCAAAAAAUGCCAAGACACCUCAGCAGGAGGAGACAACUUACUACCAGACAGCACUUCCUGGCAAUGAUAGAUAUAUCAGUGUGGGAAGUCAAGCAGAUACAAAUGUGAUUGAUCUCACUGGAGACGAUAAAGAUGAUCUUCAGAGAGCAAUUGCCUUGAGUUUGGCGGAAUCAAGCAGAGCAUUCAGGGAGACUGGAAUAACUGAUGAGGAGCAAGCCAUUAGCAGAGUUCUUGAAGCCAGCAUAGCAGAAAAUAAAGCAUGUUUGAAGAGGACACCUACAGAAGUCUGGAGGGAUUCCAGAAACCCUUAUGAUAGAAAAAGGCAGGACAAAGCUCCUGUGGGGCUAAAGAAUGUUGGCAAUACUUGCUGGUUUAGUGCUGUUAUUCAGUCAUUAUUCAACCUUUUGGAAUUUAGAAGAUUAGUUCUGAAUUACAAACCUCCUUCCAAUGCUCAAGAUUUACCCCGAAACCAAAAGGAGCAUCGGAAUUUGCCUUUUAUGCGUGAGCUAAGGUAUCUAUUUGCACUUCUUGUUGGUACUAAAAGGAAGUAUGUCGAUCCAUCAAGAGCAGUUGAAAUUCUUAAGGAUGCUUUCAAAUCAAAUGAUUCCCAGCAGCAAGACGUGAGUGAAUUUACACACAAAUUAUUAGAUUGGUUAGAAGAUGCCUUCCAAAUGAAAGCUGAAGAGGAGACGGAUGAAGAGAAGCCAAAGAAUCCAAUGGUAGAGUUGUUCUAUGGAAGAUUCCUGGCUGUGGGAGUGCUAGAAGGUAAAAAGUUUGAAAAUACUGAAAUGUUUGGUCAGUACCCUCUUCAGGUCAAUGGAUUCAAAGAUCUACAUGAGUGCCUAGAAGCUGCUAUGAUUGAAGGAGAAAUUGAAUCUCUCCAUUCAGAGAAUUCAGGAAAAUCAGGCCAAGAGCAUUGGUUUACUGAGCUACCACCCGUGCUGACAUUUGAAUUGUCAAGAUUUGAAUUUAAUCAGGCAUUGGGAAGACCAGAAAAAAUUCACAACAAAUUAGAAUUUCCCCAAGUUUUAUAUCUGGACAGAUACAUGCACAGAAACAGAGAAAUAACAAGAAUUAAGAGGGAAGAGAUCAAGAGACUUAAAGAUUACCUCACAGUAUUGCAACAAAGACUAGAAAGAUAUUUAAGCUAUGGUUCGGGUCCCAAACGAUUCCCCUUGGUAGAUGUUCUACAAUAUGCAUUGGAAUUUGCCUCAAGUAAACCUGUUUGCACUUCUCCUGUUGAUGAUAUUGAUGCUAGUUCUCCACCUAGUGGUUCCAUACCAUCACAGACUUCAACAAGCACAACAGAACAACAAGGAACUCCUACUACAGAAUUGCCAAGCACAUCACCUGUAUCAGUAACUGCCAUUUCAUCAAGAUCCAUAGUACACAAACCAUUCACUCAGUCUCGGAUACCUCCAGAUUUACCUAUGCAUCCAGCACCAAGGCACAUAACAGAGGAAGAACUUUCUGUACUAGAAAGCUGUUUACAUCGCUGGAGGACUGAAAUAGAAAAUGACACAAGAGAUUUGCAAGAAAGCAUAUCUAGAAUCCAUCGAACAAUUGAUCUAAUGUACUCUGACAAAUCUAUGAUCCAGGUUCCUUAUCGCUUACAUGCUGUUUUAGUUCAUGAAGGUCAAGCUAAUGCUGGGCACUACUGGGCAUACAUUUUUGAUCAUCAUGAAAACAGGUGGAUGAAGUACAAUGAUAUUGCUGUGACAAAAUCAUCAUGGGAAGAGCUAGUGAGGGACUCUUUUGGUGGUUAUCGAAAUGCCAGUGCAUACUGUUUAAUGUAUAUAAAUGAUAAGGCACAAUUCUUAAUACAAGAAGAGUUUAAUAAAGAAACUGGACAGGCCCUUGUUGGAAUAGAAACAUUACCACCUGAUUUAAGAGAUUUUGUUGAGGAAGACAACCAACGAUUUGAAAAAGAACUACAAGAAUGGGAUACACAACUUGCCCAGAAAGUGUUGCAGGAAAAACUUUUAGCAUCUCAGAAAUUACGAGAGUCAGAGUCUUCUGUAACAGCAGCACAAGCAGGAGAACCAGAAUAUCUAGAGCAGCCAUCAAGAAGUGAUUUCUCAAAGCACUUGAAAGAAGAAACUAUUCGAGUAAUUACCAAGGCAUCACAUGAGCAUGAAGAUAAAAGUCCUGAAACAGUUUUGCAGUCGGCAAUUAAGUUGGAGUAUUCAAGGUUGGUAAAAUUGGCCCAAGAAGAUACCCCCCCAGAAACAGAUUAUCGUUUACAUCAUGUAGUGGUCUACUUUAUCCAGAACCAAGCUCCAAAGAAAAUCAUUGAGAAAACAUUGCUUGAACAAUUUGGAGAUAGAAAUUUGAGUUUUGAUGAAAGGUGUCACAAUAUAAUGAAAGUUGCUCAAGCCAAACUUGAAAUGAUAAAACCCGAAGAAGUGAAUUUGGAGGAAUAUGAGGAUUGGCAUCAGGAUUAUAGGAAAUUUAGGGAAACAACCAUGUAUCUCAUAAUUGGGCUAGAAAAUUUUCAGAGGGAAAGUUAUAUAGAUUCCUUGCUGUUCCUUAUCUGCGCUUAUCAGAACAACAAAGAACUCUUGUCCAAAGGCCCAUACAGAGGACAUGAUGAAGAGUUGCUAUCACAUUAUAGAAGAGAGUGUUUACUAAAAUUAAAUGAGCAGGCUGCAGAACUGUUUGAAUCUGGUGAGGAUCGAGAAGUAAACAAUGGCCUGAUUAUCAUGAAUGAGUUUAUUGUACCAUUUUUGCCCUUGUUAUUGGUGGAUGAAAUGGAAGAGAAAGAUAUAGUUGCUGUGGAAGAUAUGAGAAAUCGAUGGUGUUCCUAUUUGGGACAAGAAAUGGAAGCUAAUCUCCAAGAAAAGCUGACAGACUUUCUGCCAAAACUGCUCGAUUGUUCUACAGAGAUAAAAGGUUUCCAGGAGCCACCAAAGUUACCUUCCUAUUCCACACAUGAACUCUGUGAACGAUUUGCCCGAAUCAUGUUGUCCCUCAGUCGAACUCCUGCUGAUGGAAGAUAAACUGCACAUACUUUCCCUAAACACACUGUAUAAACUUUUUUUAGUUCUUAACCCUUGCCUUCCUGUCACAGGGUUUGCUUGUUGCUGCUAUAGUUUUUAACUUUUUUAUUUUAAUAACUGCAAAAAAACAAAAAAACAAAAUGAAUAUACAGACUUUGGCCAGACUGCAAACAAUAAAGCUGAGAAUCGCAUGGCGCUCAGACUUUGUUUUAACCAGAGAACUGAUGUAUAGUCACAAAUCUGAUUAAUUUUACCAUGGCUGGCAAAACAGUGUUUUGCCACCUUUCUGUUCCAGUAUUACUUUGCUUUUAUCUUUAUCUGAGCUUUCCAUUCAGUCUGGAUCCUUCCAUGACUACAGCCAUUUAAGUGUUCAGCACUGUGUACGAUAGAUAAUAUUUGGUAGCUUGUAAAUGAAAUUAAAGAAUAAAGUUUUAUUUAUGGCUA